UUUUUUUUUCUUUUUUCUUUUAUACAUAUAUAAAUAAAUAUUUAGUAAAAGAAAUGACUAUACUGUCUACACCAUUAUUAACACUACUGAUAAUUAUACCUGCUAUACCUCUUUGUACUUAUAUAGUUGGACUACUAAUUCCUGCAAGCCAUAUUGUAUCUCGAACUGCCAAAUUCAAAAGGAUCUCAUCAAAAGAACUUUGGGAUAUUUUAAUUGACGUGUCCAAGUAUCCUGUCUGGCAACCAAAGAUUGAAAAGGUAACUAUUGAGGAUCAAGAAGAAAAGGGGAAUAGAGUUGUCUUUGUUGAGCAUUCUAUACGGAAAAGAGUUACGAUCUUUAUUCAUCAUGAACGUAUACCUUAUCAAUCACUCAUUCGUAUCUUGGAGGAAAGAUCAAAUAGUCAAGAGAAGAAAAGAGCCCCCACCUUUUCUGGCUCAUGGACAUUUGAGCUUACAACGGAGACGAAAGAUGAUGUUGUGACAUUAAAGAUUACUGAACAAGGUGUCAUUCAACAACCUAUUGUAAGGUUAACUCAUCUAUUACUUUUUGGAUUCCAUCGUCGUAUUGAUCGAUUCAUGAAUGAUUUAAGUUUAUUUAUAAGUCAAGAAGAAGUAGAGAAGAGGACUAAUUUAGAGAAAACUGAAGGUAGUAAUGAUGACUGUAAUGGUCUUCAUGAUAAUAAUGUAUACAUAUCUGGAGAGCAUCAGGAACUACAACAGUCAGAUGAAGCAUCAAAAACCAGUCAUAAUGAACCUGCUAUUGUGAAAGAAGCACUCAUAGAAAAUAAUGAUGAAAAUAAUAAAGACGUUGAUGACGAAAAGAUAAUAAAAGGUCUGUCAGCGUAUGACUCUAUAUCAAAUCAGCAGGUGGAUACAAAUGACAUUUAUAUCAAAAAUACUGCGAAUCAUAUUUCACUAGCUAAAUCAAAAUUAACACCAACUACAGAGAAAGAUUGGGACUUUAUGAGUGAAAUAUAUGAACGUCCUUUUUGAUCUUGAAAUAAAUUAUAUAUAAAAAAAAAUUCUACUAGUUACUAUUCUUGUAUACAGCAUUUAUAUAUAUGUAUUUCUUUUUCAAAAUAUACAAAUAUAAAUUAGUUUUAUACACUUUCUUUAUUA